GUCGCCGAGGCUCCUCUCGAAUCUCUCCCAACCACCAAGGAUCUUCGGGUCUUCGGAUUUUGUUGCCCGUGUGGCUAUUUGGUAGAAAGCUUUUUGUUUAUCGUCACGUCACUUUUUGUAAUUCUCUGUGUGUCUACACUCGACAAAGCUCUCCAUAGCUCACAUUGGCUUUCCUCAUCAACUGUUUCAUCUCGAGAACCUACCUUGAGCACCCCUCGAUCGGUUUUGUUGAGAGAUGGACAAAACCCGGAAAGCCGUCACCAUCCUCGGAGGAGGGACACAAGGUACAAGGCUGGCGUUCAUGUGGACGAGAAAAGGACGACCGGUUUACCUCGUCGACCAGAAUGAGCAACAACUCCUCCGAGCGAGAAAGGGCAUCGACGACCUGAGAUCCCAGCUACAAAGUCUCUGGGCCACCUCGACACACUGGGGUGAAGUCAUCACCACACCUCCAAAGGAACUUGAACAAGCGGCCUCAAAGUCUUGGUUGGUCCUAGAAUGCGUCCCCGAAUCUCUCAAGCUCAAACGAAGUGUGGUCCAGGAAUUGGAUCAGAUUUCCAGUCCCGAGACCAUCGUCGCUUCCAACUCUAGUAGUUACACCAUCGAGGAGAUUCUAGAGGGUCAAAAGUUGAAGUACGACGAUCGUUUUGCGAGUUUGCAUUCUUACUGGCCACCAGAAACAUCAGCAAUCGAAGUUAUGGGUUCAAGUCAAACGAGGCCCGAGAUCAUCACUCGGUUAAUGGAAGAGACGAAAAAACACGGAUUCUCGCCGUUUCACGUCCGGAAGACAUCCACAGGGUACAUUUACAACCGAAUAUGGGCAGCGAUCAAGAGAGAAGCCCUCUUGACCUUGUCAGAAGGUGUGGCGACCCCUGAAGAAAUCGAUGCCAUCUUCAAAGACGUGUUGAAGACCCCCAAAGGACCAUGCGAGCAAAUGGAUGUCGUGGGACUGGACGUGGUUCGUGACAUUGAGCAACACUAUGCGGACGUGAGAACUGGGAUCCCCGAACAACCUCGAACGUACCUCCAAGGAAUGAUAGACCAAGGCAGGCUCGGGGUGAAGUCGGGUAGUGGAUUUUAUCACUAUGGUGAUAAGAAAUGA